AUUGCCAUCUAGGGGAGGGGGUAGAGGGAGGGAAGGGAAAAAUCGGAACAGAAGUGAGUGCAAGGGAUAAUGCUGUAAAAAAUUACUCAUGCAUAUGUACUGUCAAUAAAAAGUUAUAAUUAAAAAAAAAAAAAAAGAAACCAUGCAAAGUGACAUCUUGAGCCGCUGCUUGGGAUAGUCAUCCAGACAGAGCAUCAACAAGUGGGUUUGGAGAGCGACCCUAUCCGCUCAGGUUUCCCUUUUGUUAACAGCUCUGACCCCAGUAGUCUGGCGACUUCCUCGGCUCCAAAAAUUUCCUAGAAACGCAACGACUCUAAAACUCAGGUUGGUGGCAGGGAGGAGAGAGCUGGCUGAGGUCAUCCUCAGACCUCCGACUUCCCACCUCCAACGAGACACGAGAUUAAAAGUAGAGAAGCGACAAGGGAAAGGAAGAUUCAGGACCCAGCUCGGUUCCUGUUUGCUACUUGCAGCCGUGGCGGCCAAACAACCUCAGUCUCAUUCCCCUUCCUCCCUCCAACCCCCACCUCUUGAGGUCUCUCAGGAUCGCUUCUUUCCUCUCUCGUUAAGGACCGGCAAACAAUCCAGCAGAUUAAGAGACUCUCCCCACUACCUCAGGAGGAGUUACUGGAAAACUUCAAACUCGGAGCCUUCCGCCUCAGACCGUUCGCCUGUAGAGAGGCUGGCCGCGGGCUGAUCUUCCUCCCCUCCCCCCCGCCAGAUUAUAGUUUAACCGCCGGAGUACUGGAAACCAUGCGACUGCCGGUGCACUAGGUUGUGGGCGGUGGCUAUGGCAGCGGCCGCGGCAGUAGCAGCAAGUAGUAUGUGGGGGAGGGAGGAGACUGUCAAUGGCUGCAGGUGGUUUGAGUGGAUCGAGCGGCCUCAGUAACAGCAGCAGCUCAGUAUUCGAGGUGGAAGAAGUACUUGCAAGUGUUGGAAGACCGGGUCCUCCAGUACUUGGGAAAAGCUCGGCACCGGUUGUAGAAACUAGGAUACCGUUUCCUUCUUACUUCGUUUCUCUGACAUCUCCUUUGCCCCCGCCCCUUGCCCCACUCUGAGUGGUGCUUACCGCCUCUGUCGUCUCCUCUUCCUUCCCCUCCUUCUUCUCCCUUUCCCUCCUCCCUGUCCCUUUCCCUCCUCCCUUCUCCCCCUCCUCUUUACUCCUUUUUCUUCUCCUUCCUCCCCCUCUUUUCCUUUCUCCCUCUCUUUCCUCUUUCCUCCUCCUCCUUUCUUCCUCUUCUCCCUCCUCCUUCUCCUCCCCCUCCUUCCCCUUUUCAUCAGACUAGGAUCCAGCCCCUGCCCUUCAACGUCUCCUUGCAACCGAGGCCGCCCACCCUUCCUUCCCAUGUCUCUUCCCGUGGUACUCCCAGGCUCCUGCUGCCCGGUGGCGGGACUUUGCGCCGGGACGCAGGCUGGGGGUCCCAGCAAUUCGGCUACUAUGGCCACCGCAGCCCGAGAGCCGCCGCUGGCCCCGCUCCAGCCCCGCUUGUCGCGGGCAGGGCUGCAGCCCACGGUGCGGCCUCGCUGUGCAGUUGCUUCGGCCACCUCAGUGCUCUCGCCGUUACAGCCCCCGCUGUCCUCCCGCCGGGCUGCCUCCGCCGCCGCCGGGGUUUCGGGAUCCGGACUGCUGCCCGCCCGCCCGUUGCUGUCCCUGGGCCUCCUGCAGCUCAUCUUAGGUUGCUGCAUGGUGGCGCUCAGCUUUGGAGCGCUAUCUCUGAGUAGUUCCCCGCAGGUGAAGAACUCGUGCCCGUUUUGGGCAGGCUCUUCGGUGAUCCUUUCUGGAAUCAUAGGACUAACAACGUGGAAAAGACCGAUGAUACUUUUGGUGAACCUCUUUGUCUUACUAUCUGUGGUCUGUGUCCUGUUGAACCUUGCUGGAUUUAUCCUAGGCUGUCAGGGGGCCCAGUUUGUUUCCAGUGUACCCAGAUGUGAUCUGGUGGAUCUAGGGGAAGGAAAGAUUUGCUUUUGCUGUGAAGAAUUCCAUCCUAUCAAAUGUACAGAAAAAGAAAACGUGUUGAAACUCUUCCCAGUCCAGCCAUGUAGUGCUGUUCACCUUCUAUUAAAGAAAGUCCUCUUUGCGCUGUGUGCCCUGAAUGCCCUAACUACUACGGUGUGCUUGGUGGCAGCUGCUCUGCGUUAUCUACAGAUUUUUGCCACCCGAAGACCCUGCAUAGAUGAAUCCCAGAUUUCCACAGAAGAAAUAGAAGGACAUGGACGCAUUCCAGACCUGGAAGAUUUCAUACCACCUGUGCCACCCCCCCCAUAUUUUGCUACAUUUUAUUCCUGCACACCGCGAUUGAAUCACAGACCCAGAGUGUUAUUCACCUCUUCAAUAUCUGCCCAUCAUUUAAAGCCCAAUUCAAAUGCAAGGAAACUUUUCCUUCUUUACCACAGUCCAUGCAGGAUGGUAGGUCCUGAUGUUAUUCCACUUCCACACAUCUAUGGAGCUCGGAUUAAAGGUGUAGAAGUUUUCUGUCCUCUGGACCCACCUCCUCCUUAUGAAGCGGUAGUAAAUCAAAUCAAUCAGGAACAGGGGACUUCAUUCCAAAGUCCAGAGGCAUCCGAAGUUGUGACAGGCUCAUUGGACCCAGGCAGUGCACAGGUGUCUCAAGGUGGAGACGUUCCUAAUACACCUGGGGAAGAGAGCCCAUCUCUGUCAACUCCUGAUUCAAACCUAGCACAUCUUCCAUCCAACAGGAAAGCUUUGCAGCCCUUGAGAGCAAGAUCAAAAAGCGACCCUUUACUCCACCAUUUGACAGCCAGAGGACCUGUACUUAGUUGUGAAGCUGCAACUCAGACUGAAAUAAGACCUGAACUGGCUCCAGUGAAUUUAAGAAAGGGCCUUCGAACAAGAGCUGUUCGAGCUCGACCUCACUCCUUGAUAGACUAUAAAUCUUAUAUAGACACCAAGCUGCUGGUGGCAAAGUUCCUGGAGCAGUCAUCUUGUAGCAUGACACCAGACAUACAUGAACUGGUGGAGAACAUCAAGUCUGUCUUGAAGUCUGAUGAAGAACACAUGGAGGAAGCCAUCACAAGUGCCAGUUUCCUUGAACAGAUAAUGACUCCUGCUCAGCCGAGUACAUUGAGGAUACAAAUAUUGCCCUAUAGAAGAUACCCUGGGCUCCUUCAUCUGGAGAGUUGUGGAGAUCUGAGCACUUUCGUUUCAGCAGAAAGUCAGAGAGUGAAGAGAAGGGUUCCAAGAACAGACCCAGAAAGGCCACAUAGCCUUAUUGGAGUUGUAAAAGAAACUGUACUCUGAAUUAGCCCCUAUGGGUCCCUUGUGGUCAGAGCUCCUUUGAGAAGCCAGUGAGCUGGGAAUGAAAAAUCAAGACUGGAAAGCCUUAUCUCAUGCAGCAUGUGUCUCUGUGUAUACUAUUUUAUAGUUUAAGGCUGAUCUAGGAGACAGGUUUUUGUUCUAGUAGUCUUUGCCUAAGCAAUUUGGGAUCUACACCACAGGGAAUGUUUAUUUCUCAACUAUUGAUUUCAUCACCAAGGACAUUCAGGGGACAAUGAGUAUAUAAUUUCAGUUCUAUUGACUCAUCAUUAUAAUUUGUGAGCUCAAGUUCAUCCCUCUUCUCUGGGCAUAAUAUGUGAAUGUUCCAGACCUUGGUGAGGAUGAGAUGUGAGGGGGGUAAUGCCUCAGCCGCCCCUAUGUCUGUCCUGCAGAAGGACAGAAUCUGUUUGGAGGCUAUUUAUAGCUGCCAGUAGCUUCUUGCCAUUCAAUGAGAAUGUGAGUUGGCAUAUAAGCAGGAUGAUCAAAUAGCCCUGCCAUUAUUGAAAUGUUAAAGCCUAUGUUUAGGGCAACUCUCAAAGCAUCUUAUUUAAAGCAAACAGGAAGAACUUGUGACAAGUUUUUAGCAAAGUAUUUGGAUUUAGCAAAGUAUUGGUUCCAUUUAUUCAUGCUUGCAAGACUAGAGACAGUAACUCUAGAAUCAAGAAUAAAAUCAUUCAUUUUUCACAUUUAGUAUAGGUCUGUUGGAUCUGUUUGUCAUACAUUGAAUUGGACUAAUGCUCUGGGAAUACAAAACUGGUACCUGAAUAAGGUCUUAAAAAGUCAUUAAAGGUCAAAGUCUUUCUGGAGUUGACUGUCUCCUGCUUCCUGAAUAUCAUGGAUUAUGGAAUAUAAUAGGAUAUAGAUAGGGACUAGAGAAUGAUGUAGUUAAUGGAAAACUGACUUUGGAGCCAGGAAGAUCUGCAUUUAAAUCCCACCUCUCACAACUACUGACUGUAUGAUCCUAGGCAAGACAUUUAAUCUCUUCCUCCUCAAGGACACUGGCUUAGAUUAUAAAUUACAUUAUGUAUUGACUACACUGGUAGAAGUUAACUCUGUCAAUGAACUCAAAGAAUGAUGUAGAUAUUGUAAAAUAUCAGAGCUAGAAUGGACCAGGUCUUGGGGAGCGAGGGGGAGGAGAAGGAGUGUGAUAGAAAAAGAGAAAGAGAGAGAGAGAGAGAGAGAGAGAGAGAGAGAGGGACUCCUUGGGCAGAUUGAUGAAAACUAUGGAUGCCUUCUCAGAAUAAUAUAUUUAAAUGCAUAAAAUAUGCUACAAAGAAGAUGCAUCACAAUAAGAUGGACAAAGGAAAACAAUUAUAUUAAGAAAGUUAUCAAAACAAAAUAGGGCUAGUAAUCAUUGAUCCAACCAACUCAAACUUAAAAAUUCAAGAAAGAGAGAAUAAUCUACAUUAUGUCAGCCAUAUUAAUAUUGUUUUAGAUGCAUGCUUACAUAUAUGUAAAUAUGUAUAUAUGUGUGUGUGUAGGUAUGUGUAUGGGGGGUGUAAGUGUGAAUUAUACAAAUAUAUAUAUAUAUAUAUAUAUAUAUAUAUAUACACACAUAUAUACUUAUUAAUUGGCUUAAUUGUAGUCUGCUUGGGGGGAGUUAAGGGAAUAAAGAGGGGGAAAAUAAAAUUAAAAGUACACAGCAGAGAACAAAGGAAUAACCUACAAGGAAGCAAAGAUGUACAAUAAUGAAUAUAGUUCUUUUCUAUUAUUAUAUGUGCUUUCUUGAAAUGGCAAUAUAUUGUUACAUAUUUUGAAUCUGCUCUGGUAUUCUGGUGGGAACAUGACAAUGUUUUUAAAAUUUUCCUUUUCUGUCUUUUUUUCUAUUUUGUUUUAAAUAAUAGAAAACAGAAGAAUUUUUUAAAAAGAAAAAAAGUACUCCCCAUUUUUUUUUAAGUUCAAGGAUUCUAAAUGAAACAAUUCUAGUCCAACUCCUUUUUAUGGAUGAAGAAGCUGGGGUAUAGAGAGGUUAUGAUCCAACAUCACACACAUCACACAGUUACUUCAUGGAAGAGAAGGGACUAAAACCUAGAUAGUUCCAUCCAGUUCCCAGGUUCUUCUUCUUCCAACAUGUUAUUCUUUGUAUAUAACAUCUAAGAAAGAGGGGAGGAUUCAUGUUUUCUUCUAUUGUCUGGAUUUAUGUUUAAAAAUGUUAGAUUGAGAGAGAAUUUGGAAUUCAAAAUUUUUCUAAAAUGUUUAAAACUUUUUAUAUGAAAUUGGGAGAAAAUAUUAUUAAAGAUGUACUUCUAUAGGGAAAAUAUUAAAUUAAAAAAAUCAAGUUUUACUUACA